AUGGCAAUCAUCACUGAAGAACCUGAACCCCCAACCCCACCACCCAGAACGAAACCAAACACCAAGCCUAAGAAAGCCACCUCGCCACCACCACCGUCCGCCACCGCCACUGCCACUAAAUCCACCACCACUACAAACCCUUUUCACUUUUGGUUCUACUUCACUCUUAUUGUUUCCCUUAUUGCCCUUUUAUUUAUUUCUAUCUCCUCUCUUUCCCCUCAAGACCCAAAAACUUGGUAUCUCAAUCUUCCCCCGGUCCUCCGCCUUCACUACUCCAAAGGCCGCACUAUCAAAGUUCAGACAAGUCCUAAUUAUCCCCAAGUUGAGGUCUUUUCCAUCCAAGAAGGCCCAACUAACUCGGAUUCUCACGUCCUUUUUGUACAUGGCUUAGGCUGUAGUUCUUUUGCUUUUCGAAGUAUUCUUAAAUCUUUAGGCCUUAAAAAUGUCCAUGCUGUGGCUAUUGAUCUACCGGGGUCUGGUUUUUCGGAUAAAUCCAUGGUCGUGGUUGAAGAGAAUGCGGGUGGUAAUGGGGUUUUUGGGAAUCUGUGGAGUGUGUACAGUGAUAUUAAAGAAAAGGGUCUGUUUUGGGGGUUUGAUCAGCUUAUUGAACAAGGCUAUGUGAAUCAUGAGCAAAAUGAGAUUCGAGUUUUGAAGAAAGAGAGUGUUAAGGCUAUUGAGUUGGGGGGUGAAGAGAUAGGGAGGGUGUUAGGUCAAGUAGUGGAUUCAAUGGGACUAGCACCUGUGGACUUAGUCCUUCAUGAUUCAGCACUAGGACUGAGUGCCAAUUGGAUUUCCGAAAAUCCGGGAUUAGUUAGAAGUGUUGUGGUUCUUGAUGCUGUAGCAAGUGGGACAGCAUUGCCACUUUGGGUGUUGGAUAUGCCUUUGGUAUGGGAGGUUGUAUCGGGGUUUAAAUUUGUGUUUAAGACAGUUCUUGCAAAGUAUUGUAUGGAAUCGGUUGGUGGGCUGGAGGCUGAGGCGCAUAGGAUUCUAUUGAAGGGGAGGGAUGGGAGAAGAGCAGUUGUUGGGAUGGGGAAAAAGUUGAAUUUUAGUUUUGAUUUAGCUGAAUGGAGCAGUCUUGAUGGGGUAAAAGAUCUUCCCAUGCGAGUGAUCUGGUCCGGUGGAUUUUCCAAAGAAUGGAGUGAUAGGGGACGGCAAGUUGCUGAUGUACUUCCUCAGGCGACGCUUGCCACACAUUCUGGUGGGCGGUGGCCCCAGGAACACAUUGCUGAGGAGGUAGCUGAAAGUGUAUACGAAUUUGUUUCAUCUUUACCAAAAUCCACUAAGAUGGCUGUGGAAGAACAAAUACCGGAGCACAUACAGAAGAUGAUCAACGAGGCAAAAAGCAGUGAUCACCACCAUCACAGUCAUGGUGGUCAUGACCACCAUGAUCAUAGUCAGGGUCAUGCUCACGCCGGAUAUAUGGAUGCUUAUGGUCUUGGACAAGGGUGGGCCAUGUGA